AUGUUAGCAUCAAACCAACAUCAACAAUCACCAUUGUCUACAGACACUCGAGGCGCUCCAAAGGCACUCGAGGUGUUUACCAUCGACACCAGGGACCCUACAGUUCCACUUCAAGCCGCACAACUGAUACAAAGGUCAGGCGCUGAUCCAGUCAUCUGGAUCAGCACUGAACUAACCCGUACAACGUCGGCUGGUAAUUUUCGUCUGUAUAAAGACGGAAGUGGGAUUUUUGGUCUUUGGGUGCCAAACUCGCAGGCUUUCUACUCCGAUGCUGCUCCACCUAACAUCUGUGCUCCGGAUGCCCAAUCCGAUAUACAAUUGAUAGGUCCCAUAGGUUCAAAGCCGAGCCAGUUUGGAAGGAUCGCGCAUACAGCCGCAGCUCGAAUACCGGCGAGACGACAGAGUUUUAGCAGACUCGAGUCGAAAUCGUCGGGAAAUCCGGGUAGCUCCGUAUGA